AUGGCGAAGAAGAGGAAAGCCGCCGCUCAGGCGGAAGUGUCGGCGGAUCCCAUCGAACUCGAUCCGCGCGAAUCGAGGAAGAAGAUCCGGACUUACGAGGAUGUCGCCGACUCGGAUGAUGAAUUCCACUUGAACCAGGACGAGAUCCGGCUUGGCGAAGGCCCAGAGGUGAAACGCAAACGAAGACAGGCAGAACAAGAGGAGUUUCUGCAGCAAUCGGAUGAAGAGGUUGUGGGGUAUUCUGAGGCUGAGGCAUCUGACUUCGAUGGCGACGAUGCCGAUACGUCCCACGCGAACAUCGCACAGUCGGACUCGGACGAUGAGGCCAUUGGUGGUGCAGCAGAAGAUGAGGAUGAAGUUGGGUGGGGCGCUUCCAAGGCAGAUCUCUAUGGCGAAGAUGAAAUCGACACGGAGGAACGUGCCCUUGAGCAAGAGGCUGAAGCCAUUCGUUUGCAGAAGAAGCAGCUACAGGCCAUGCAGACAGCAGAUUACGGUUUCGACGAAGACGAAUGGCAGCGAGAUGCCUUCAAGCAUGAUAACCAAUCCUCAGACAAACGAGGGGUCGUCACUGAGGUCCUCCCCCAGCUCCAGAUUGCCCCAGAUCUCAGCUUUUUGGAGCGGUUGAAGCUGCUCAAGGCUCGAUACCCAGAGUUUGAUCCGCUGAGCAAAGAGUUGGUGCGUCUUCAGGGAAUACAUGCGCGUCUCCUAGGAGCCGCCGAGACGUCGCCCGUUGCUCGAACGAAGCUCCGAGCCGCGUCCGCGUACAUCGGAGCUCUUGUGAUGUAUUUCUCACUCUUCACAUCUACCGCUGCACAAGGCAAGCCAGAAGCGACUGCGAUGUCCGCAGUACAACUGCGAGAUCAUCCCGUCAUGGACAGCUUGGUCAAGGCCCGCGAGUUUUGGAACGAGGUUGGGCCACUUUCCGAGACACCGAGUCAGAGCAGCGAUGCCCUUAUCAUGAAGGAGAAGACGUCAUAUGUCAGUGAUCCGCUGGAAGUCGAAGAGUCAGCGGUCAGGACUGUCAUAGCACCGAGAAAGUCGAGGGCGCAACGUUUUGCCGAAGCCACUGAAGCUGCUGAGCAGCAGCGGAGAGCGGAGAGACUGAAGAGAACAGAAGCAGGUCUCGCAGAUCUAGAUGCCUUGAUUGCACCUUCGAAACCACUCAAAUCGACCAGUCGGCGAGUGCAACAAGAGGAUGACGACUCGGAUUUGGGUGAGGAGGCACCGCUGACUGCUCGCGAGGCUGCCGAUAAGGCACAGAAGAAGAAGAGCCUCCGAUUCUACACGUCACAAAUUGCUCAAAAGGCCAACAAGCGCGGCACAGCGGGCAGGAACGCCGGAGGCGAUGAUGACAUUCCUUACAGAGAAAGACUGAAAGAUCGACAAGCUCGUCUGAACGCCGAAGCCACCAAUCGUGGCAAGCGUGAUGAUGAUGGCGGUGCGGACCUAGAUGGACAGAGCGAUGAAGAGGACCAUCGACAAGCGAAGCAGAUCAGAGAGGAAGCGGAUGAGGAUGACUACUACGACCUUGUUGCUGCGCGAGCGUCAAAGAAGAAGCUUGACAGGGCAAAUUUGGCAGCAGCACAAAAGCAAGCAGCUCUUGAAGGCGGUCGCGUGGUCCCAGAGGAAGUCGUAGGAACGGACGGCAAGCGCAAAAUAUCAUAUCUCAUUGAGAAGAACAAAGGUCUCACUCCCCACCGGAAGAAGGACGUACGGAACCCGCGGGUCAAGAAGAAGAAGAAAUAUGAGGAGAAAAAGAAGAAACUGGCGUCUAUCAAGCCCGUGUACAAAGGAGGGGAGGGCCGUGGAGGAUAUGGAGGAGAACUUACUGGUAUCAAGAAGGGGCUUGUCAAGAGCACCAAACUGUAG